AUGGGGGGUGUUCCCCCUCCCCCCUUUUGCCCUCUGUUGCCUCUGCUGCUGCGGCCGACCUCGUUGGUUUCGAGUUGGUCGGCGCUGCGUCAGCCCCGAGCGGGAGAAUCCGCACCGGCAAGGGCAAGGGGGGCAAGGACGCUGGAGGGGCUGGAGGGGGUGGCGGAGGUGGCGGUGGCGGCAGUGGAGGGGGUGGGGGUGGUGGUGGGAGUGGUGGCAGGGGUGGAGGUGUCGGUGGUGGCAGUGGAGGCGGAGGCGGAGGCGGCGGUGGCGGUGGGGGCGGAGGUGGCGGAGGUGGAGGCGGAGGAGGAGGCGGCGGCGGAGGAGGCGGAGCUGGUCGGGGUGGCGCUGCGCAGAGGGUCGGCUCCGGUGGUGGUCAGCGCCAGCAGCAGCAGCGCACUCGUGACAUCCCCCCCCCCUCAGCAGCUCCGUGAGUGGUACACUGCACGCCAGCGGGGUGGGGGUACUAGUCCUUGCACCUACGUUCUACGCACCGACGAACGCGCGGGUGAGCAGUGCGGGGGUGCGCACUCCACCCAGCGCUGCUUUGGCCGCCUUACGGACGCUUGGCGUCACCAGUUCCCUGAGGCCACUGAGAUCCCUCGCUGGGGCGAGCUGUCUAGGGCGGGAGUAGCUAUCUUUGACCUUGACUUUGAUGCAAUUCUUGCUGCCAUGUAUGCUGUGACUAUUAGUGAUGAGGGUGACUAUUACCGGUGCUUUCCGCUCGACCCGGGCAUUGAGACUGCUGCACUAGGUACUGGUGAGGCUGCUGCUCUAGGUGCUAGCGAGGCUGUUGCUCUAGGUGCCAGUGCGUCUGAUUCCUCAGGUGCUAGUGAGUCUGCUCUCUCAGCGUCGUGA